GGAGAGAGUAAGUGCGAGUGUGAAAGAGGGAGAAGAAGGGACACACAUAUAAAAAAGGUUAAUGCCUCCUUUUUCGUCAUCGUCAUUAUCAUUACCAGUGUUGUUUCUACAUACAGCCGCUACCACCGCCACAGUCUAGCUUGUACAAUGUGCUGUUCUUUUUCUCCUUUUGCCUAUGGAUAGAAUAUAACAGAGACCAUGUACACACUUUUAAGAGAAACACCUCUACUUGUUGUCAGCACUCGUGUUAACGGCUGGAAACUGCUGCUGUUGUGGUGUGUUUGUUUUAGACCAGAUUGGGGUGCUGUACUAUUAGCUAGUGUGGGUUUUUGCGAUUUGACAUUGCUUCCUUCAACUCCUGCAAGAACUUUCGUAGCGCAGCAUAUUUUUCAUGUACGUGAUGUGUCUCGUAAACUUUAUCACCUCAAGCUCUGGGAUGAUUAUUUAUACCAUUUUGCAUUUGCGUGCAACGGUGCAUAUAGGAUGGCAUGAUCCAACCGCACAAUAUACAAAACCAUGUCCCUUUAUGAUGGUACACACACACACAAUGAGGAAUAGAUCACGCA